CUUCCAAGGAGGUGCUAGCCACAAUGCGCACCUUAAGACGUCUGAAGUUUCGUUUGUAUUGAAUUAAGAGACCGCAGCAUUUCACCCUUGAAACUAUAACCGAAAGUUUGGAUGUUUUGGAGAUUUCUUUUGGCUAUGAGCGCGCGCGUGUGAAUGAGUUUGUACGUGGAAAAAAAACUACACGCACUGUCCUGCUUGGGAUAGGAUUCGUUUAGUGUAGUACACUAAAGCGUCUUCUUUAAGGUCUUUUGGAAUAAUGACGGGGAAAAUGGAGUGUCUCGUGGCAUUAUACGUCUCAACAUCAGGCGGCAACGGUGAUGAGUUGGGCGCAGAUGAGCGCGAGCUUGUACAGCUGGUCUGGCAGGUCGUGGAUCUGGAGAGCAAUAAGAUAGGGGAGAUAAAUGAGAUUGUCGUGCGUCCUGAUGUGGAAGAACUAAGUCCGGACACCUUUCAGCUGACAGGACUGACGGAGCAAAGAGUUCAUGCCGCGGAACCGCUUGAGCAGGCCAUAGAACAGUUCAACAGUCUUCUAAGCACAGAACUCAACAAGCGACAUUUCUGUUUCUGCACGGAUGGACAGAGACACAUACGACAGGUCCUUCAUGCGGAGGCUUCAAAAAAGAACAUUUCGCUGCCCAUGAGCUUCUACUCCUUUUUUGACCUGCGCAAAGAAUUCCAGACGGCCUUCCCCUCCCUGGCCAAACACAAGGAGCUGGACCUGGCCAUUAUGUGCGACUGUCUAAGUGUAACUGUUGACUCUGCGCUUCCAUCAGCGGCCUACCAGCUUCAGCGGAUAGUCCAAAUUAUCCAGGCUUUGAAUACAGAGUCUGUGUGCCAUCAGUUCUUCACUCCAGACCGGGUGAACACCAAGUUUGAAAUUGGAACAUUCAGUCGUUUGGAGUGUGUGGAUGACAACACGGUGAUCAGGGCGCGGGGCCUCCCAUGGCAGGCGUCCGAUCAGGACAUUGCUCGCUUCUUCAGGGGACUCAACAUUGCCAAAGGUGGAGCAGCGCUGUGCUUGAAUGCACAGGGUCGGCGGAAUGGGGAGGCUUUGGUUCGUUUCGAGUCACAGGAGCAGAGAGACCUGGCUCUACAGAGACACAAACACCACAUGGGGAACCGCUACAUAGAGGUUUACAAAGCCACGGGGGAGGACUUCUUAAAGGUUGCUGGUGGAUGCUCGAGUGAGGUGGCCCACUUCCUGUCCGGCGACGGUCACAUGAUCGUGCGCAUGCGUGGCCUCCCCUUCAGUGCCACACCACAGCAGGUGCUGCAGUUCUUCUCAGGGUGCCAAACUACAGAUGCCAAAGAUGGACUGUGCCAGCUGAAGGGCACCACCGUGGCCAACGGGGAAUGCCCAGUUGCAGGCGGCACUGCUGGGAUCCUAUUGGUCCGAUAUGCUGACGGACGGCCCACCGGCGACGCCUUUGUGCUGUUCGCGUCCGAGGAGCACGCCCAGCUGGCCCUCAAGAAACACAAGCAGCGUCUGGGGAAACGCUACAUUGAGCUGUUCAAGAGCACGGCCGCUGAGGUCACCCAGGUGUGCAACAGGUUCUCCUCCACUCCUCUGAUCUCAGUCGCCCCUUCCCCGCUCAUUUCUAUGGUGCCAUCGCCAUUAGCAACGGGAAUGUUGCCCUUGGUUACUGGUACGUUUCCGUUGGCGGCGGGCAUUCGUGACUGCGUUCAUCUGCGUGGUUUGCCCUAUGACACGACCAUCCAGAACAUUCUGGAGUUCCUGGGAGAAUUCACCGCAGACAUUGCGCCCCAUGGAGUCCACAUGGUCUUGAACACUCAGGGGCGUCCCUCUGGCGAGUGCUUCAUCCAGAUGGCGUCGGUGGAGAGGGCGUUCCUGGCCUCGCAGCGCUGCCACCGCCGCUACCUGAAGGAGCACUGCGUGGAGGUCUUCCAGUGCUCACAUGAGGAUGUGCGGCUCUUGCUGAGGGGCGGGGUUGUGGCUCCAAGUGGGCGGGGCGUGUCCCCACCACCAUGUAAGUUACGGCGCAUGUCCAACCCCUCGUACUUUCCGCAUAUGGGGAUGAUGCUUCCCAUGGAAGCUGCAGGAGCUGUUUAUCCAGCACACAUCCUGCUCAACACACACCAACUGCCCUUUUAUACCACCUACUAUCCCAGCCCCCCAGGCUCCCCUCCCUCGCUGGGCUACUACCCUCCUGGAUCCUCUCAGUGCCACACCUUACCAGCACCCGGACACACCCUCCCCACCAACACUCUCAACCAGGCCCACCAAGAUGCCCUGGUCACCGUUCCUGCCCUACUCGCAGCCAAACAGAACGUCACAGAACAGAGUUUGGGAUUCGGUGCGCCGCAACUGUCUUGGAAUAGGACUUAACUUUAAGGGCCACAACUUUAAAAGGUACUACACGUGGCAUUUGUGUCAUUUUGUGUCGAGUGUAGUGCAUGAAAAACAAUCAACUGUACAGACCAAAUUAGUGUGAAAAAAAUGAUCCUGCUGACAUGUCCUACCUGAAGUAUAUGCAUAGAAUUGCAGAGUUUUAUUUCAGCAGUAGCAUAGUACUGUAACUGACUAGGUGUCCAGUUGUCCAGUCUUGCCAUAACAGGUUAUGCCUGAGGUGGCGAUGGAGAUUAACAUAUCAGCCAAACCGUUAGACAGUACGUCUGGUUCUAAAUAUUUGUUGAUGGUGGGCAGUGUGCAUUUCCUCAUGUCCUCCUUUAACUACAUGCUGCCCCCACAUGGACAAUCCAAAAUGCCACAAAUGCCACACAUAGUGCCUU